AUGGAUAUGAGCCAUAAGAACAAAAUGUCGGGCUGGCCGCCCCCUGGCCCAGGCUCCUGGGGUGGACUGCAGGGGCCUCCAUACAGCUGGGACAGCAUGAACAGCACCAGGGAGGGACGGGACUUCCUCACCAACCAUGUGUCCCAGAGCAGUUCCCUGGAAGAGGUUCACCAGGAAGGGGUCCCCCCCGCCCCUCGCCUGGUAGAGAUGAGACGGGACCCUGUCCUGGGCUUUGGUUUUGUGGCAGGCAGUGAGAAACCAGUGGUGGUCCGCUCUGUCACACCAGGUGGUCCAUCAGAGGGUAGGCUGUUGCCAGGCGAUGAGAUCAUCAUGAUCAACGAUGAACCCGUCAGCUCAGCUCCUAGAGAGCGAGUCAUCGACCUCGUCAGGAGCUGCAAAGAAUCCAUCAUGUUGACUGUUGUCCAACCGUUUCCUUCCCCUAAAUCAGCGUUCAUCAGUGCAGCCAAAAAAGCCAUGCUCAAGUCCAAUCCGGUCAAAGUGCGCUUUGCAGAGGAGGUCAUUAUAAACGGCCAGGUUCCAAACCCGGUGAAGGACAACUCUCUUCUGUUCAUGCCAAAUGUCCUGAAGGUCUAUCUGGAGAACGGGCAGACAAAGUCUUUUCGCUUCGACAGCAGUACCUCUAUCAAGGAUGUGAUCCUGACCCUGCAAGAGAAGCUGUCAAUCAAAUGCAUCGAGCACUUCUCCCUGGUGUUGGAGCACAGGACGGAAGGCUCUGGAAGCAAACUGCUUCUCCUGCAUGAACAGGAGAUGCUUAAUCAGGUGACCCAGAGGCCUGGCUGUGACAAGAUGAAGUGUUUCUUUAGGAUCAGCUUUGUGCCCAGGGACCCUGUGGAGCUGCUCCGGAGAGACGCUGUGGCAUUUGAAUACCUCUAUGUACAGAGUUGUAACGAUGUGGUCUUGGAACGGUUCGGCCCGGAGCUGAAGUACGAUGCUGCGCUACGAUUGGCUGCUCUGCAGAUGUACAUCCUUACCAUGACAACCAGACAAAGCCAGAAGGUCUCCCUGAAAUACAUCCAAAAGGAGUGGGGUCUGCCACUGUUUCUGCCUCCCGUCGUGCUGUCCAGCAUGAAGGAGAAAAACAUCAAGAAGGCUCUGACACACAUCCUAAAAACCAACCAGAACCUUGUGCCUCCAGGGAAAAAACUGACUGCACUACAGGCCAAGGUGCACUACCUGAGGUACCUCAGCGAACUCCGACUUUAUGGAGGGAGGGAGUUCAAAUCAAUACUUUUGCAAGGGGAGAAGCAGACAGAGGUGACGCUGUUAGUGGGCCCACGUUACGGCAUCAGUCAUAUCAUCAACACCCGGACCAACUUAGUGGCCCUGUUGGCCGACUUCAGCCAUGUCAACCGCAUAGAGAUCCUCACUGAGGAUGAGACCAACGUCCGACUGGAGCUGCAUGUGCUGGAUGUCAGGCCCAUCACACUGAUCAUGGACUCCAGUGAUGCAAUGAACCUUGCCUGUCUAACAGCAGGCUACUACCGCCUCCUAGUGGAUUCAAGGAGAUCUAUCUUCAGUAUGCCCCACUGCAAUAGCACAGGAGGGGAAGACAAUAGUCAGGAUCGUGUCCUGGAAUGGCCAUACAGCACAUCUUUGGGGGACAACGAGGAGCCAUCACCCAGCCAGGGAGAGGUCUACAACAGGGACUCUGAGUAUUCAGACAAUGGACGGCGAGAAAACAGCAUCUCUCCUUACUCCCAGGAACCCCAAAACCCUGACAGAGACCUUGGGACAUGGAGAAGUCCGUUGCCCCCUCCUCUUCCCCCCGCUACCAGACACAAACCUCAAGACUCGCCUCGGAGCCCCAAAGUGUCAUUUAUUUUUGGGGGGGACCCACCCUUGAACCAGCCUAAGAACAUAGGCUACGAAAGACUGUUGGAGAGCCCUGAGGUAGCCGAGCACAGACCACCCUACUUGCACAACAACACAGACUGCCGUCCACAGGACAGGGUGCCGUUCCAGUUCAGUGGUCUGACGCAUGUCUAUAGUAACAUUAUAACUGAGGAAGGUGGUGAGGAGCCACUGCUAAGGGAUCUGUUUUAUCGUGACACAACGGACGACGCGGAGGAUGACGACGACGCUUCCUGCGAAGAAGACUCCACAGGAGGGACACCAGUGGCCACUGCAGCCGGCAAAGCUUCCUUCCUCGCGCUUUCCGCUUCUAGCGAUGACAUCAUCGACCUGACGUCGCUGCCUCCUCCCGAGGGAGACCAGAGCGUUGAUGAGGAUGACGACGACACACUGCUGCAGACACUCAACCUAGCAAUCGCAGCUCCGCCACCAGGAUUUCGGGACAGUUCGGAUGAGGACGCGGCGCCGGAGGGAAGGCCGCUAAGCACACGUGACAAUGACGAUAUCCCAGUAUCGUUAAUUGAUGCCGUUCCAACACACGGGGAGGGGGAAGGGAGCAGGGGAGGGGAGAGAAGGCUGGACAAUGAGGUCAUGAAUACUCUACAGGCACUGGAGGCGCUGUCUGUCUCUGAACAGAGGCCUCCGCCGCCGCCGCCACCACCACUCAACAGGAACAAUCCAGGUGUUUACACAUCUCGAGGCCCCAGCCAAGAGUCGUCCUCCGAUUCUGGCAAUGAGACCAACUCCUCAGAGAUGACUGAAAUCUCGGAACUGGCUGCUACUCACAGGCUCAAUGAGAGCCACAUGCGUCUUCUGGUGGCCACAAGGGAAGGGUACCAACCUUUACUUGAGGAAAAAACAGAAUUCCCCAUCUCACCCAGCACAGCAGGAACAAUACAGAAGAAAGCCCGUAGUCCGACACGACACCUUCAGCCUCCAGCAGUUCCUCCAAGACGAAGCCCCCUAUUGGACACCGCAUCAUCAGGGCCGGACAGCUUGGUGGUGAGGUCCCAGACUAACCUCUCAUGCACUCUACAGCGCCCAAGUUCCACCACACCAGGAGGCAAGCAUCACAAAAAGUCUGCAGACUCCAGUGGGAAGUACAACACCUUCAGCACAAGGGAAGGGCAUCGGGGUGAGAGUGGUGGGAGCCGCUGCCAUCUUGCAAUGGACCAGCGCACUUCAUUCUGUGAGAGAGGGGAAAGUCAAACAAGACAGAGUUCUUUUUUGGCAGAAAAUCCUGUAGCUGAGGGCGUUGCAAUGAACAAUUUCCCCAAUGACCAUCACAGAAUCCCCUGCCCUCCCUCCACUACCUCUGAUCGCCUGUUAGAUGUUGCCAACUCGGGGGACUGUGGUGCAGAAAAUGGUACUGCAGCUGUUGAGCAAGAUGAACAUCUAGUUGUAGCAUCAUUGCUGUCCCCAACCAAAAAAUCCAGAUCAGAGGGGACCGACCAGGGAUCGGACAUACAAAAUGAUCAUCCGCCAAUUUCUAGACAGCAGAGUGUUGCACGGUUGUGUGAGUACCAUCUAGCAAAACGGAUUUCAAAUUUGCAAGGAGAAGCCCACAGUUCACUACAGGGUUCUCUGUGCUCAUCACUGGAUGCUGGUGGCAGCACAAACAGUAGUGCCUGUGCCACCCCGACUGACUCACCACUUGGCCCUGGUGCAGUUGAAUCAAAACGCCAUCGUUUGCAAAGGCACCCACUUUCUAGUUCCUCCUCCUCAUUACUCAGGGUGCUAAACUAUGAAGAUAACAAACCUGGAAUUCCUCGUGGCGUCCCUAGCCAGAGCACUCAGGGAAAGGACCUCCACCCUCAUGCAGACCCUGCCCUCCUUCGGAAAAUGCUGCCCAACAUUUACCCUCCUGCUGCUGGGGCUGAACCAGGCCGGCCCUCCUCAGCCACACCGUCUAAGCAUAAAGAGACCACAGGUACUGGGAGCAAGAGGCCCCACAAUGAUCUGCAUGCUAAACAACAGGCCUGUUUUAAGGGCCUGAACCAGAAGGAAGGCAGCGAGGCCUACAGACAACUAAUUAACUAUCUAACAGUCAGCCAGAUGCAUCAGGGAGGGAAGCUGCAUAGUGCAGGCAUGGGAGGGGCUGUAAAAAAGGACACCAGGCGCUUUAUCACUAGUAACCCUCAGCUUGUCGAAAUGGUUAAGAAUAGGGGGAACACUAUUGCUCGCUGCCCAUGUAUGCCUUCCUCCAUAUCAUCCCCAUUCCUCAGCCCAAAUGUAGUAACCCCUAAUGCAACCACCGUGCAGCUGGCAAAUAAAAAUCCACAGUCAUACCAUUCUGCCACACUUCCUGCCAAACUCAAGAGAAGUUCUGACAUGCAUGCUCAGAGACUGAAUGACAUGAAUGAGAGUUUAGAUUUCAGGCAAGCUACUGCUGAGAGGAGAAGCUCUUUUUCUGGCUUGGAAAGUGAACUAGAGAGGAGUGGUAUGGACCCAGAGCACUUCCUGUCACUGUAUAAGAGAGAGGGCUGUAUCAGUCGUGAUGGGGCAUUCAUUACAGGUGGAAAUCGUGAGGGUGGGGGUAACACUAACCGUCCCCCACCUCGGUCAAGAAGCCAACCUAGUAGCAGCACUGAGGACUGGUUCAGAUCAGACCUGAGGGCAAAGCAUGCAGUUCGUCAAUCUCCUCAGUCUCGUCCUAAUGAUUCUCUUUGUUUCUCUGCUGCCCCCAGUGUAAGUGGUCAACGAGCAGAACUCAACACCAUCUCACUAGGAAGGGGAGACCACCCUUCUGCUUUUAUCAGGCAGACAUCUACUGGCACUAGGGCUUGCAUCACAUCUCCAACUCCCAACCCACAAUCUCCACCACCUCCCCCGCCACCACCACCUCCUCCACCUCCUUUGUCUCUUCCCUCGAAAGCCAACUCUAGCUCCAGCAACUCAGGAUGCACGCAGGAUACCAUCCAUUCAGUCCAGUCCCGGCAGAAUCACAUUCAGGCUGUUAACCCCACCCUACAGCAGACAGAUCCCUUCUGCAAUAGCCUGCAACGGGGACGGGAGCUCAAGCGCAGCUCCAGCAACGUGACUGCCAGUUCUGGUAGUGUGGAGGUUCUGUUUGAUAAACCCACUCGAAGUCGGAGCCAGCAGCCCUUGUCACCAUCUGUGCCCCAGCAAGGUGAGACCAAAGUCCAGCGGAGGCCAACAAGGAAGCGGCUCUCCAAGAGCUACUCCCAAGGAUCUGUUUCUGCCCACACGUGCUGGUCUACAGGCUGUACAAUAGACAGUAGAAGGGCGUCUGUGGCAUUUCCAUUGCAGAAAGAUGCUAAACACAUGAAGGGCUCUCAAAAACUGGACACCAGUCCCUGGAGAUGCAAUGGGCCUUUUAGCUAUUGUUUCUUUAAACGUAAGAAUGAGGGAGAAGAGGAUGAUAUUGAGUGGGAAAGGCCCAGAAGAAGCCGUGGUGAGAACGAUAUUGAGAAUGGCGGUGCCGCUGCAUCAGCCAUAUUGCCCUGUGGCUCGGCAGUGGAUGUAGCUGGGGAGCAGCUUUAUGGGGAGGUCCUUAAUAACAUGAGCUUUAGCGACCGUCUCGCACGAAUCAAUGCACUCAAGGACCGCAUGUAUGGCUUCCCUUCCGGCUUCAUUGAUGUCCGCCGUGACGCCAGUGAGCUCAUUGCACUGGUGAGAUCCAGCGUAGGUCGCUGCGACCGUGGACCCCAGAUGCCUCUCCAGGACGUAUCCCAGUUCAAGCAGCUCCUCUCUGUUGAGUCAAAAGAAUUAGGCCGGGCAUGCCGGAGGAUGGCACAGGCCCACAGUAGUCCUGAGGAGAUGCUGCUGGCUGUAACUUGUAGCUUCCAGGUGCUAUGCUGUCUCUGCGAAGCUUGUAUGUGUCUAGUUCGGGGGCUCGGAGCCUCAGCCUCACACCAACAGAGAGAGGUCGUGGCAAAGGUUGACGAGGUUGUCAUGAACUAUAUCUGUUUACUCAAAGCUGCUGAGGCUGCCACCGUGGGAGCACCAGGGGAGCACAGCGUGAAAGCCCUGGUCCGCCACUCCAGUACCAUGUCGGCCAUUGCUAACGCACUCACCCGCUCCCUUAAAACGCUGCUUAGCAAGUAG